GUGCUCUGCAGAGAUUUUUUUUUGUGAGUGUUGUUUACCUCUCGAGCCCGUAACGCGGUUUUCAGACUCGUUCAGUAACAAAAACGCGCCCGACGACGCGCUGUCACACGCAAGCGUGAAAUGUGACGCGCCGCCUCUCCGCCGUCCCGUUCAGCCCUUCGUCGGGACCCUCCCUUCAGCCAGUCGUGCGUGUGCGCUGGUGACCGACACGGCGGCAUCGUCGGGGGCCGUGUUGUUCAAACGAUUAUCCGAAACCGAUCAACUUGAUCAGUGUCUUUUGGUUUUAUUCACCCAUUCUCCCUGCGGCAAUGUAAAGAUGGCGAGAGUGCUCCACAACUUGCUGUUAUUUCUCACGCGACUCGCGCUGCAAAUCCGAGUUUGGGGCUACUGGUCGCUGAUCUACGGCUACUGUGCGCUCUGCACCACCGUGGCCCUGCUCAAACUUUGCUGGAGCAUCGCCUUGAGGCCGACGGCCACCUUCCGAUGGACGAUGCGCGAAACUCCCCCGGCGUGUCUGAACGACUCGUCCUUGGGAACCCACUGUUAUGUCCGGAUCAAGGAGUCUGGCCUCAGGUUCCACUACGUUGCUGCUGGAGAGAGAGGAAAGCCACUCAUGCUUUUUCUACACGGCUUCCCGGAGUUCUGGUUCUCCUGGCGCUACCAGCUGCGCGAGUUCAAGAGUGAGUUCCGCGUGGUGGCCGUCGACAUGCGGGGCUACGGGGAGUCCGACCUGCCGCUCUGCCCCGAGAGUUACCGCUUCGACAGCCUGGUCACCGACGUCAAGGACAUCGUGGAGUACCUGGGAUACAACAGAUGUUGCCUUGUUGGCCACGACUGGGGGGGGACCGUAGCCUGGCUGUUUGCCAUUCACUACCCAGAGAUGGUGACAAAACUCAUCGUCCUGAACAGCCCCCAUCCUUCUGUGUUCACAGAUUACGCGCUGCGUCACCCGAGCCAGCUGUUGAAAUCCAGCCACUUCUUCUUCUUCCAGCUGCCCCGCUUCCCAGAGCUCAUGCUCUCCAUCAAUGAUUUCAAGGCUCUGAAGGCCUUGUUCACCAGCCGCAACACGGGGAUCGGAAGGAAAGGUCGAUGGCUCACUGCAGAGGACUUGGAGGCCUAUGUGUAUGCACUCUCACAGCCGGGAGCGCUGACCGGAGCCCUCAACUAUUUCAGGAACGUCUUCAGCUCCCUCCCCCUGAGCCAGAAUCAGGUCAGGUCCCCGGUCCUGCUGCUGUGGGGCGAGCGGGACGCUUUCUUGGAGCAGGAAAUGGCCGAGGCAUGCCGCCUGUACAUCCGGAAUCACUUCCGUCUCAACAUCAUUUCUGGGGCCAGUCACUGGCUGCAGCAGGACCAGCCUGACAUUGUGAACACCCUGAUAUGGACCUUCCUCAAGGAGGGCGAGGGACGCAAAAGCUACAGGAACUAAAUCCUCCAGCCUCCAAACACCCCACACCCCUCCACGCUUACCGCACCCAGAAGCCUGGAAUAUGCCUGCGACAUAAGGAAAAUGCAAUCAUUCUUUAAAUGUUUCACAUUUCAACUUCAACUAAGAGUCUGCAGUAAAGGAAAGAGCACACUUCACUGGAGAGGACACUGAGCAGCAUGUGUGACACAUCAAGAUCUUUUAUGCACAAGACACCCGCCUUAAAGUUUGUCGGUUACAGCAUUACAAAAUGUGUGGCAAAAUCUCCUUGAGACUUGUGUUGUAUGGUGCCUUUUAACUUUCGGAGUUCUCGUAUUUGUAAAGAUGUCCUGAGAGACCGGGACGCGGUGUCGUCCUGCUGUACCUGUGCGUUUCACUGGGUCGCUGCACGCUUCUUUGGGCACAGUCCUUUGGGAGGGGUGACUCUCAUUCUCCCUUUAUCAGGUAGUGAUGGAGGAGGAGUUUUCUCUCUUUUUUUUGUAUUUUCUUUCUUUAGUGGUACCCAAACGUAGAGAAUGUUGUUAUCUUGAUCUUCCUGUAUAGAAAUGUGGUUGACCAUUGUACUCUUUUGUAUCUAUUCCUACACACUGCAUUUCGAAAAUUCACUGAGCCAGGUCUACACCAUUUGAUUUUAUAAAUAAACAUAAAGUGUCAAUCUGUUAGACAACACUGCUCUUUAUUUAGGAUGAUGAUAACAGGGGUGUGUUUGAAGCUGUGUGGUAUGCCCUAAUGCCCCUUGUGUUUUUUGCUGCCGUCUCCAAACUGUCACUUUAAAGUAGAAUAGAUGAAAAACGCCAGAAAUAGUAAUGAUGCACAGUUUAAAUAUAGCAGAAAGCUGAGUGACAUUGCAGUUAACGUUUGUCAUUCUGGGUCUCCUCAGUAGAACAAACAUGAUUUUCUUUUUAGAUUCAUAUUAUGUGCCAAAAGAAUUGUUAAUGUGGAAUUACACAGAGGUGUGUUUUCAUAAACCUUAAACAGAUUUUUGGGCUGACACCGAUUUUUAGAGAAGAGAUCCUUUAGCCAGUGCUUGAUUAUGUCUAUUUCAAACCAUCAGAAACAAAAUAAACUAAAGAAUAUUUUCUCUA